GCUGAAUUCAGUCGACGUGGAAGCUUAGUGGAACUGUAAAACAAACUUGAAUCUUGGUCUAUAGGUCAUUUACUUGUCUUUGGUCCCGGACAACAUGCUCUCGCUGUGCACCCUUCUCUCUCUUAUCUUCUGUCUCUUCAGCCUUCUGGAGGCCAAGUCAAGCACUGGGAAUUCAGUACUAGUCGUUCUUGAUCCUGCUGCGCAGAGUCAGUUCUCAAUAUUCUUCGACGGCCUGAAAGAUUCAGGAUAUGAACUUACUUUCCGUGGCCCAAAGGAUGACGCGCCUCUUCUAAUUGAGGAUGACAUUGCAUCCUUCGCCCAUGCCAUCGUCUUUGCUUCCGACACCAAAAACUUUGCAAAGGACAUCACACCUCAAAAUCUCGUUCGGUUACUCUCACUGAACACCAACCUUUUGAUCGCGCUUUCGCCAAAACAAACCAUGCUUUCGUCGCUCGCGGCAGAGUUUUCUCUGAUCCUUCCACCUCCUGGAACUCCCCUUAUCUCUUACUUCCCCGAGAGGGAUGAACGCGCCAAUGUCAUUCCCAUCUCGGUGCCUGCAGGUUCACCUCUGCUCACUCCCAAUACACCACCUGUAUGGUUCUCUGGUGUCCCAUUUGUGCUCGGAAAUAACCCACUCAUUGUUCCCAUCUUGAAUGCCCCGGAAGAAAGCUUUGCUGCAGACUCUGACAGUUCCACCGAUACAUUGGCUGACGCCGCCGAGAAGGGUGGUGAAGGUUUGUGGGCAGGCAGCCAGCUCGGUGUCGUUUCUGGUUUCCAGGCGCUGAGCGGCGCGCGUGUGACUUGGGUUGGUGGUGUGGAUCUGUUCAGCGACGAGUUUGCGAAUAAGGAAAUAUCCAAGGGCGUAAAAUCUGGUAAUAAACAGUUUGCGCGUGACGUAGCUGCUUGGACUUUCCAAGAGUCUUUGGUACUGCGCCUCGAAGAUGCUGACCAUCAUAUCGUGAAUAGUACGAUUUCCAAAGAACAAUAUACCAUCAACGAUCAUAUCCUCUACCGUGCGGCCAUUUCUCGAUUUAACCCGAAGGAUGAUGUAUGGGAGCCGUACUCCGAUAUCAAGGAUAUGCAACUCGAAUUUACCAUGUUGGACCCGCAUAUCCGUAUUGCUCUACCACCUGUAGCGGGGCAACCGGGCGUUUACUCUACAGAAUUCCGUGCGCCUGACCGACACGGCGUGUUCAAAUUUGUAAUCAACUACAAGCGCAAAGGGUGGUCGCACCUCCAUCACUCCAUCACUGUAGCUGUCGUGCCGCCACGGCACGAUGGAUACCCUCGGUUCCUCAGUGCAGCUUGGCCAUACUACGCUGGUGCCAUAAGCACGAGUGUUGGGUUCUUCUUGUUCUCUGCAAUGUGGCUCGCUGGUGAUGUACGCCAGUUGAAGAAAAGUAAAUCCCACAAGACAGAAUAGAUGGUACGGACAAUGUAUUUUAAUUGCGUGCGAAUUGGGCUGCCUUUCUUCCGUGUAAAGAAUCCACGGUGGAAGGUCUUCGCAAAAAAAUGUUGGCGCCACAUGUCAUACUACACGGGCUAUGCACAGCGACAUCAGAUGUCGUUGCGACAUUUCAGCAAACAAAAUUUUUCUGAACAAGUUGUGGUCGUGUGUAAGAGCGUAAAG